GUGGCCGCGCACGCCGAACAUGGCGGAGGGGGAGGAGGCGGCUCGGGCUUACCCCGACUAGUGGGCUGGACGGUCGGCGGGUUCCCGGGGACUCAGCCUCGCCCCGGCAGCCGGGGAAGCCUCCCCUUCUCCAGUCGAGACAUAGGAAGGGGCGCGUCCCUUAGGGAGCACGGAAUAUCGGGGACGUGCUAGGGGAAAGCCUUGGGCAGACCCUAGAUGCUCUUAUACAAAUUAAUAGCAACACUGCACAAUGGUGGACCCAGAAGAAGAGGAAGUUAUGGAAGAAAUUACAUUUAAAAGUGACACCGUGCUGUCUGAUGUGCAUCUAAAUAUCCCAAACAAAAGGCACCUCAUGGUUCGUCUGAAUGCUGUUGGCCAACCUGUUUUUCAGUCACAAUUCAAACUUCUGUGGAACAGAGAUUCUUGGAAAGAUACUCAAGUUAAGGAUAAAAAACAAAAAGACAUUCAAAAAGAAAAUACUGAACAGGAUGACAGAAGUAUUCAGGAUUCCUGCAGCAAGAAUAGCAAUGGUAUAGAUUUUCUGAACAAGAAUGAAACUCAAACCAGCCCUUGUAUGAGAAUAGAAGCUCUAUUAGAUAAUGAUGGUGACUUGGAAGUGGCAAGAAGACCACGGGUUUUCUCUGAGACAAAACAAAAAGAGCCAUCGAGAAAUAAGAUACAUCCUAAAAUUCUAACCCAGGGAGCAGAAAAUUUCAAUGAAGAAGAACAAGAAAAUAUCCACCACAGUAUGGUUAAAAUAGAGCACACCAUGGCCACCCCUCUGGAAGAUGUUGGCAAACAGGUGUGGCGAGGAGCUUUCCUUCUAGCUGACUACAUCCUGUUCCAGUGUGACCUGUUCAGAAGUUGCACUGUGCUUGAGCUUGGGGCUGGCACCGGAAUUGCCAGCAUCAUCACAGCAACCGUUGCUAAGACUGUUUACUGCACAGAUGUUGGCGAAGAUCUCCUGACUAUGUGCCAACGGAAUGUUGCCCUAAACAGGAACCUGACUGCAACAGAAGGAGGUACAAUUAAGGUUAAAGAACUGGAUUGGCUGAAAGAUGACUUAUGCACUGAUCCUCAAGUCCCUUUUAGUUGGUCUGAAGAAGAAAUUUCUGACUUAUAUGCUCAUACUACCAUCAUAAUGGCAGCAGAUGUUUUUUAUGAUGAUGACCUCACAGAUGCUUUAUUUAAAACACUCUACAGAAUUACUCACAAUUUGAAAAAUGCUUGUACAAUCUACUUGUCAAUAGAGAAAAGACUAAACUUCACACUUAGACAUUUGGACGUUACAUGUGAAGCUUACAAUCAUUUUCGAUUUUCCCUAAAUGAUCUAGAGAAACUCAGAGAUGGCAAAAUGAAGUUUAUCGUAGAGCCAAUUGAAGCUACUUUCCCCCAGUUCCUUGUUUAUGAACGUAUAGAGCAGUUGGAACUCUGGAAGAUCAUUGCUGCACCAACAAGCUGAUCGCUCAUGGAAAGAGGCUGAAAAUAUUCCCCAAGUCGGUUUACUAUGGUUCUUUCCAACUGGAUUUUCAAUAAAUCAAAGCUACCAAAC